AUGGACGCGGCGGCGGGUCGAAGCCCCGAGCCGCGGGAGAAGGCGCCGGUGGUGGACGGGGAGGCGGCGGGGGCGCCCGCGGGGGCGGCGGGCGCGGCCCCGGCCUCGCCGGCGGCGGCGGAGCAGAUCGUGGCGGAGGGCGAGACGGCGGCGGCGGGCACGUUCGUGCAGCGGCAGCUCGGGGCCAUGCUGCAGCCCGCCGUGAACAAGUUCUCGCUGCGCAUGUUCGGCAGCCACCGGGCCGUGGAGAUCGAGCGGCAGCGGGUGAAGUCGGCCGGUGCCUGGAUCAUCCACCCCUACAGCGACUUCAGGUUUUACUGGGAUCUCAUCAUGCUGUUCCUGAUGGUGGGGAAUUUGAUCAUCCUGCCUGUGGGCAUCACCUUCUUCAAGGAUGAAAACACCCCACCCUGGAUCGUUUUCAACGUGCUUUCGGACACUUUCUUCUUGGCUGAUCUGGUGCUGAACUUCCGGACAGGCAUCGUGGUGGAGGACAACACAGAGAUCAUCCUUGACCCUCACACCAUCAAAAUGAAGUACCUGAAGAGCUGGUUCCUGGUUGACUUCAUCUCCUCCAUCCCAGUUGAUUACAUCUUCCUCAUCGUUGACCUGGAGACCCAGGUGGAUUCUGAUGUCUACAAGACAGCUCGGGCCUUGCGCAUCGUCCGCUUCACCAAGAUCCUCAGCCUGCUGCGCCUGCUGCGCCUCUCACGCCUCAUCCGCUACAUCCACCAGUGGGAGGAGAUCUUCCAUAUGACAUACGACCUGGCCAGUGCUGUAGUGAGGAUCUUCAACCUCAUUGGCAUGAUGCUGCUGCUGUGUCACUGGGAUGGCUGCCUCCAGUUCCUGGUGCCCAUGUUGCAAGACUUCCCAGAGGACUGCUGGGUCUACAUCAACCACAUGGUGAACGACUCCUGGGGGAAGCAGUACUCGCACGCCCUCUUCAAGGCCAUGAGCCACAUGCUGUGCAUUGGCUACGGGCAGCAGGCACCCAAGGGCAUGACCGACGUCUGGCUCACCAUGCUGAGCAUGAUUGUGGGGGCCACCUGCUAUGCCAUGUUCAUCGGCCACGCCACUGCCCUCAUCCAGUCCCUGGACUCGUCCCGGCGCCAGUACCAGGAGAAGUACAAGCAAGUGGAGCAGUACAUGUCAUUCCACAAGCUGCCUGGGGACACGCGCCAGCGGAUCCAUGAGUACUAUGAGCACCGCUACCAGGGCAAGAUGUUUGAUGAGGAGAACAUCCUGGGGGAGCUCAGUGAGCCACUCAAAGAGGAAAUCAUCAACUUCAACUGCCGCAACCUGGUGGCCAACAUGCCUCUGUUUGCCAACGCAGACCCCAACUUUGUGACAGCCAUGCUGACCAAGCUGCGCUUUGAGGUCUUCCAGCCUGGGGACUUCAUCAUCCGUGAGGGCACCGUGGGCAAAAAGAUGUACUUCAUCCAGCAUGGGGUGGUCAGCAUCCUCACCAAAGGCAACAAGGAGACAAAGCUGUCUGAUGGCUCCUACUUCGGGGAAAUCUGCCUGCUGACACGGGGCAGGCGGACAGCCAGCGUGCGAGCUGACACCUACUGCCGCCUCUACUCCUUGUCGGUGGAUAAUUUCAACGAGGUGCUGGAGGAGUAUCCCAUGAUGCGCAGGGCCUUUGAGACAGUGGCCAUGGACCGGCUGGACCGCAUAGGGAAGAAGAACUCCAUCUUGCUCCGCAAGCGAGCUGAGCACAGCUCAGGGCCCAUGAACAAUGAGAUGAUCCAGCAGAUCGUGAAGCAUGACCAGGACAUGGCCCACAACAUCCAGGACCUGCAGCAGAUGGCAAUGGGCCGGGAGCUGAGUGGCAAGCCGGUGAUCUGGGAGCCGCUGGUGCACGCGCCGCUGCAGACAGCGGCCGCCACCACCAAUGUGGCCAUUGCCCUGACCCACCAGCACAGCCUGCAGGCCCACAUCUUCCUGCCACCCUCCUCCAUCUCCAGCCCGCUCUCCCCAGAGGCCACGCUGCUCACCAGGCAGGUGCGCAGGUCCCAGCCCAGCCUGGGGGGCUCCCGGCCCUCCUCUGUCAGCUCCCCAUCAGGGGCACCGUCCCACCUCCAGACGCCUGCCGCCGCUUCGCCGUCUUCCCCCAUGGUGCAGUCCCAGGCGCCCCUGGAGACCGGGGCCCAGAGACCCAGCCAUGGGGCACAGGUCCUGCUGCGUGCAGCACCCAAGGGGGACCUGCCAGGGGGUCCCAAGCAGCCCCCGGGUGGGUCCCAGCCGCAGCUCUCCAAGUCCCGUGGCACCUCAGUCUCCACCUCGCUGCUGCAGCAGGCAGCCGGGGCUCCGUCCCCCAGCUCAGAGCAGGCACAGCCAGCCGGGAGAACGCUGCACUACAGCCUGUCCCGAGCCACUGGCUCCCACAUCUCUCUCCUGAUGCAGCCCCAGCAGCUGGUGAAGCACAGGAGCAUCCAGGGCCUGCCGGUGGGGCGGCUCACCCAGGACGUCCGGCUCCUCUCUGCCUCCCAGCCCUCUCUUCCCAAUAAAGUGGCCCAGCAAGGCGAUGGGAGCUCCUUGCAGCAGGGCAGGAAAUCCACCGGGAACCUGGCCCGCAGAUCCUCCCCAUCAGUAGCUGGCCUCCUCACCAAGCCAUGUCCUGGGCUCCCAGGCCAGCCAGCACACUCGCAGCAGAUGCCUUCAGGAUCACUGGUUCAACCCAGCCGCUCCGUGGCUGCAGCAUCCACCCCGCAGUCCCCGGUCUCCACGUCCAGGCAGGCAGCAGGUCCCUCCCGCAAGGGCUCUGUGGCCUUCAGCCCUGAAGUGGAAACAGGGAAGCCCAAACUCUCAUCCAACAUGUGAGUCCCCAGCACAGAGGUGGCAGGAGAGGCAGAGAGCCUGGCAAAGGUCCCCGGAGGGAAGGGGAGGUGGGCGGCAGCACUCAGGAUCAUGGACUGUCUGCUCCAGGUGCAGGGACAUGGCAGGAGUGGCUGUGGGGCAGCCUCAGAGCUGGCCCAGCUGGAUGAGGAGGGGGCUCUGCUGACUGCCAUGAAGCAGAGACCCUGCCUGGGCUCUCCGUCACCAUCUGUCCCAAGUCCUGCCCUCCUGGAGAGAACAGAACAGGUUAGAGCCCUCACCCAAACUCCAGUGUCCCUUGGGACUCUCACUCCCCAUGACAACUCCCUGGGUGCUGGGCCCCCCACUAUGCCCUUGCCCCCAUGGAUUGUCCUUGGUGCCAGGCUGGCACUAGUGGCUCCUUCAGUGUGUCCUUUGUCACAGCAGUGGCUGCCACACACCUGCCUUGAUCCCCAGAAAGCUUUGCCCAGCCCCUUUGCCUUUUGGGAGUGGAGGGAGAAGCAGCCCCUGGGGCCCAACACCGAGGGUAGGGCAAGAGGGCUGGAGCCCCCACUGGGCUCUCCCCAGGCAGGCAGAGUUUGGGUACUCAGAGACAGCUGGGUCUCCCCUCCUUGAGGCACUAGCCGGUCCCUUGGGACAUGGUGCCAGGACCUGGAAUCCCAGGCAGGGUCCCCCUGGUCUGAUGAGUGCCAAGUGGUGGAGCAGGUGGGUGACCCGAGCAGCCCCCAGGUGCCUCUCUCCUGCUUGGGGGAGCAUCUGGCCUCAGAGGUGCCAGGUCCCCACAGGGUUGGGAUGUGCCUGUGGGCAGGACUGUGCCCCCCCACCCAGGUGCUGUGGCCUGGACCCUUGCCAUGCUCCAGCAAGGGGGAGACCUGGCUGCCUGUGGCUCCAGGAGGAUGCUCAGCCUUGGCUCUGCUCCCCGCUGCCCUGUGCUGUGAUCCCAUUUCCAAGCUGCCUGGAGAUGGUGGCCACCAGCACCCCAGAGAAUAAAAAAGAGAUGCCAACCCCAGGCAGUGCCUGGGUGAUGUAUGGGGCUGGGGUGCUGCCUCGCCUCAUCUUCCUGGGAGUCUGUGCAGGAGGGCAGGCGUCUGGGGUCCCUGCAGCAGCCCACACCCCUCCAGAGCCAGUAGUCUGCAAUGUGUGUUUGAGUUGUGGCUCUGCCAGGCAGCUGAGCUCUGCUUACAGUGUCGCUUUGGGCCACCUGUGUUACCAGUCCUGGUUAGAGUAGUGUCCCCUCCUGACCCUGCCGUGCUGCGCAAGCUGCUUCCCACUGCCGGAGUCAGGAACCAUGGCUUGUUGUGCUAUGGGGCUUGGCUGCUGCCCAAUGGAGCCUGCCAUCCCCACUGUGGUGGGCGAGGGUUUUAUUCCACAUGGUUCUGCUUCAAGUGAGGUCUUCAGUUCUCAACCCUCAUGUUUUGGGACAUCGGAACCAGUGCGAAGCACGGGACUGCUCAGGGGGCCCGGCCUGUGUGGCAGAGUGGCCCGGCAGGAUCCCAGCAGCACGUCCAGUGGAGGGGAUGUCCAGCACUGCCUUUUUUUCAUGGACUUCACAUCCCCUUCCCUGCCCAGCCAUGUCCCACUCCACCCCCAUGGUCUGUGUCUCCCCUGCAGCCCCUCAGGAAGGGUCUGUGGCCGGGCCACAUAGUCAGACAUUCCUGGGCUGUGUUUACACUGCGUGAUGUAGAUGUUGUAGCGGUCAUCCUGUGUCCCCCAUGGAGCGCCAGCCCAGGUGGCACCGAGCACGGCUCCGCUUCUGCCACCUGUGCCACCGGUGCACCCUCCCCACGCCGCAGCCCUGUGCCAGGAGCCAGGUCCACCCUGUGCUCCGGUUCCCGCUGCAGUGAGCCGUGUUGUGGCCCCGUCCCGGGUGGCCAGAGAGGCCAGGGGUGCUGGCCACGUGCCAGUGUCUCUGUGGCGUGCGUGGGCAUGAGUCCAGCCACCAAAGACCAUGAUCCUUCACUCUUGCACUCAUGGCAGUUGAUGUACAGAGCUUGUAGUUUUCAUAUCGCAGAGAAUUUAAAAGCGUUUUGUUUUUGGUUUUUUUUGGUUGUUGUACAUAAUGGAUUUAAAUAAUAAAGAGAGAUUCUGAGCUGG